UGGGCUUUUGAGCGUUUUGCAGAGACCAAGAGAUUGGAGACGUAAUGUCGUCAGGAGGAGGAAGAGGAAGUAGGGCGAUGGUGUCAGUUGCCGCCGGCGACUUGCAAGUGGUAGCGACGUCGGAGAAGCCGCCUCGUCCUCCGUCUUCGUCGUCACUUUCUUCGUCAUCCAAUGCACUGGUAGAGUACACUCCGCCAGCUCCUAACCCCGAGGAGGAGGAUCUCGAGGUCAAGCUCCGCCGUAUCAUCGACUGCGUCCCCGUUCGUGUUAGUAACACCUCCGGUAGCUCUGCAGGUUCUGGCUCCGGUGACUUCCACCAGUAUCGGCAAAUGAGACGUAAAGAGCAAGAUCGACUUGCGAGGAUGGAUGUGGACCACCAAAAAAGAAAAGAAAUAGCAGAAUUUAAUAUGAGGAGGGAAGAAAGAUUAAAAGCUGCGGAGGAGCGCACAGCAAAGAAACGAAUGAAACGCCAAAAGAAAAAACAGAGAAAGAAAGAGAAGAAGACCAAAGUAAAUGAUGGGGGAGCAGAACAUAAGAAGGACGAAUCCUCAGAUGAUGAUGCAGAUUCAAAUGAUGAAGUUGACAUGUAAUUAACAUUUGAUUCACAGCGGUGCUUCCAUUUUUUUGGGGGGGGGGGGUGUGUCUUUGGAGGCAUGGCUGAAAAAUGAGCUCUUUAGCCUGGAGAAAGCAAGGGACGCUUUGUUAUUGGGGGUUAUGACAUGUAUGAUGCUAGAAAAAUUUUUGUGAACUAACCCUUGAGAUAGAGCACUUGGACAGAGAAUUUCUAACUACAGUAGAACCUUCCGUCACCAGGUGAAGUUCUGCGGAAUGAAAGAAACCAGGAGUGAACUGCGUUGUAGCAAAGUGUAUCUUGAAAAUAUGACUUCCAUCCUGUGCAUAACUAAAUUAAUUUGUGUGCUACGGCUGAGAUCUUGACUUGCCUUUUAA